AUGGUUAGAUUCAUACAACAAUUGGUACACACCGAUGCCAAAUUGAGCUCACCGAUCAAUUUGAACAUUAGCCGGAUGAAAAUCGUGCAACUGAAUCCUAUAAAGUGGUUCAAUUAUAACGUCCUACCGAAAAAACUUAAACUCACCAACACUGGUUACACUGUAAUUCUUAGUGCGAAAUGGAAUGCGGAACGACCGUAUUUAUGUGGUGGACCUUAUAUCGACAACUACGUCUUCUCACAGAUCCAUUUUCAUUGGGGUCGGACUGACAUGGAUGGUAGCGAGCACUACGUCGACGGUGGAAGCAUGCCGAUGGAACUACAUGCGGUACAUUUUAAAAGCGAAUACAAGACUCAAGAAGUAGCUCUUCGAAAUAACGACGGCGUCACCAUCUUGGUAUAUUUCUUCAAAUUACAGCCAACUCCUAAUCCACUCCUCAACGAUAUCAUAAAUGCACUAUCCUUUGUCCAAGCAGCUCACUCUUCUGUCCGUUUAGUGCCUUUCUCUAUUUCAAGCAUCAUACGAUGCUUUCAACGUGAUUAUUUUUUAUAUUGCGGCUGCAUAACUUUGAAUGUCAGAAACAGUAUAAUUUGGCUGAUUAGCAGACAACCAUUGGGAAUAUCUGUUGAACAAGUUGCGACGUUUCGCACGCUGUACGAUGAACGACAAAUGCCGAUUUUGUCGAAUCGUCACCCAUUGCAAGAUAAAGAUAAUAGGACUGAUACAUGCAUGGAUCAAAUCAAUAUUAAUACUAAUGACGGACAACGAAAAAAUAAUGGACAUUGAUAGUACACUGUAAUUACAUACAUACAAUACAUUAUGUUUAUUGUAUGACAUCGAUUGGAUCUAUUCAAUUAUUGCACAAUUGUUAGCAUUAAUAAAUAGAUAAAUUAUAUUUAUAUGUGAUAUACACAUGUCGCUGUGUACGCAUAUAUUAAAUCACACUGAAUUAAAAAAA